AUGCUCCAGAGAUUCAAGCAAUUGAAGAAAGGACUCCAAGAGAUGAUCAUUAGUGACCAAUGGUCUUCUUAUAAGGAAGAUGAUGUUGCAAAGGCUAAAUUUGUGAAAGAUACUUUGUUGAAUGAUAAAUGGUGGGAUAAGGUUGAUUAUAUUCUUUCUUUCACUAGCCCUAUCUAUGAUGUUCUUAGAAGAACUGGUCCAGAAGCUUCAUCUCUCCAUCUAGUAUAUGAAAUGUGGGAUUCAAUGAUUGAAAAGGUGAAGAAUGCCAUAUAUCAAUAUGAGAGAAAGGAGGAGAGUGAAGAAUCAACCUUUUAUAAGGUAGUGCACUCCAUAUUAAUUGACCGUUGGACUAAGAGUAACACUCAUCUCCAUUGUUUAGCUCAUUCCUUAAAUCCAAGAUAUUAUAGUCAUAAAUGGCUAAGUGAAGAUUCUAAUCGAGUUCCUCCACAUCAAGACUUGGAACUCACUCGUGAAAGAUUAAAAUGCUUCAAGAGGUUCUUUCUUGAUGUGGAUGUAAGGAGGAAAGUGAAUAUUGAGUUUGCCAACUUCUCGGAUGGAAGAGAAGGUUUUGAUGAUCUUGAUUCUUUAAAUGAUAGAGGUCAAAUGGAUCCAAAAGCUUGGUGGCUAGUUCAUGGCGUUAAUGCUCCAAUACUUCAAAAGGUUACCCUUAAGCUACUUGCGCAACCUUGUUCAUCUUCAUGUUGUGAAAGGAAUUGA